CACGCGCACAAUUUUGAAUAGUUUAGAAUAACAUAGUAGAUCCGUUGUUGCUAAACAGUCUUUAAUAAUUAUAAUAAUUCAUAUGGUUAUUUCAGAAGUCUUCAGUUUCAGAAGCUAACGGAGUGCUGAAUAACAAGCUAAUUGUAAAUAAGGUGAAAAAUUGUUCAAAACCUCAGCGAAUGAAUUUGAAGUAAACCCUAUAGAAGCUAGUAUCAGAUAUUGUGGAGAAGCUUUUAACGUCACUAACAGUGGUUCCCUGAGCAAGCAGUAUAAACUCCCUGGUUAAAUGAAAGUUCAAGGUCACUAAUACACCUGCAGCGUACUAAUCCGUGCUUUUACACUGUUGGUUAUUUUCGAUUCUUAUCAACUGGGUGUUUCGCUGAAAUCUUAACGCACAACCAAAAUCAACUUGGUCGUGGAAUAAAUACCUACCUAUUAACAGUUCGGAAUUUUAAAAUGAUAAAAGAACUGAGUGCUUCUGAUGAUGAGUCUGAGCCUCUGAAAAUUGAGAGCUUGUGCACUAGAUGCUUACAGAACGGCACAACGAUUCUUAUGUUAACAAAAAUUUCAUAUUUUAAAGAGGUUGUCAUCUCAUCCUUCAGUUGUCCUCAUUGUGGUUAUGAGAAUCGGUCUCUUAUGCCAGCUUCACAAAUUCAAGAUAAAGGACAACGUAUAACACUCAAAGUUAACAACGUGAAAGAUAUGAACAGACGUGUUGUUAUACCAGUAGGUUCAACAGUGAGCAUUCCUGAAUAUGAUUCCUCAUUUCCUUUUUCUGAUGGAGUUGUAUCAACAAUUGAAGGAAUUAUAACAGGAUUUGUAGAUAAUCUGAAUAGUUUACAACCUGAAAGAAAGGAGAGUCAACCUGAUUUAGCGUUGAAAAUUGAGAAAUUCAUCGAGCAGUUGCGUACUUUGAUAAAGGUGGACAAGCCAUUCUCACUUGUUAUAGAUGAUCCAUCAGGUAAUGGAUUCAUUGAAAAUUACUUAGCUCCAAAUGACGAUCCACAAAUUGAAAUUGAAACAUAUGUACGUACUCCAGAGCAAAAUGAAUUACUUGGUCUUCAAGCUCAACCAGUUGAACAAGUGGAUAACUCAUCUGACUCUAAAACAAUCCAAAAAGAAUCAAAUAGUGAGACCUCAAAAAUCGAAAAAGAUGAAGUUAUGUCUUUGAACGUCAACUGUCCAUCGUGCAAUACACUUACUGAAAAUAAAAUGAAAGUUGUUGAUAUUCCUCAUUUUAAAGAGGUAAUACUGAUGGCAAUCAACUGCCCAGUAUGUGGUUUUAGGGAUUCUGAAGUUAAGUCCGGUGGUGGAGUCUCACCAAAAGGCAGACAUUACAAACUACGAAUUACUAAUAUAUACGAUUUAUCACGGGAUAUUUUGGUGUCCGAAACUGCAGCUGUGAAAAUACCCGAACUUGAUUUCGAGUCUAUGGGUGGUACUCUUGGUGGGAGAUUUACAACAAUAGAAGGUCUUUUAGUGGCCAUAACCAAACAAGUUAGUUUAUGAAUGUAUUUUUGUGAAUUUUUCGUAUGUCCUGUGGUAAUGAAUAGUAAAUGUAACAUUUCGUAAUAAUUAGUCAUCACUAAGUAUCGAAUGGUUUUCGUUGUUGGUUAAUUUUAUUGUUGCAAAUCAAUGGUAUAGAUAGUUGUGGAGUCACACUUGAUCAUAAUAAGUUUUCUUUUCCUUCCCAGUGUCCUUCCUGUCUCUUCCGUUAAGGUUUUCAACGUUCUAACUCCUUCCAAUUUCGUCAAUAUACUUUACUCGAUAAAGUCAAUGGUAUGGAGAGCUAAUCAGAAGUAGCCUAAUAAGGUCAAUCGAUAGCAAUUAUAUGUGAGUAUUUGGGCAUUUUAUUCGAUAGCCCAAUACACUUUCUCGCUCAAUGUGAUCAUUUGAGGUGUUAGCGCAUAGCACACUUUGUAUUAGUAUCAGACUUUUGGACACCACCCAUCACAACAGUCACCAUCCCAAUUAAUGUACGCACAUUGUUUCUAACCCGACCGUUGCUGCCACCUUGACGUGGUGGUCGGGCUUGCAUAUCGUGAUGAACCAAUCGAGCUAUACUGGCUGGAACAAUCGUUCCUCAAGGUCCUACCAUGCCAGGCAGGUCGGUUGAAGAGCGGUAAGACUGAAAGAAGCAAACCCAAGGUCCGAAGGCGAAGUCGUACUGUCGACUGUACAGAGGUGUGACAGCAGUAAGGUGUUUUCUUCAGACAACCAGCAUAACAGCGAUGCUGCCUUCCCAUAAGGAGGAGUGGGUUUAGAAAAGAUCGACCCUAAAAAUGCACACCUCGCCUUAUCCCAUGGAUUUCCGUCUCCGGCGGUAAGGUCCUCUAAAGAACGGAGCUAACACAUCAAAAAUCCCUCGCAAAAGAGCCGUGCGUGACCGGCCUCAAGCAGUUGUCCCUUGUGCACUGCGGCCACUCAGUUAAAUAAAUCUCAGAAAACAAAUGUAAGUUAUUAUCUUGUAACUUCAUAAAUUCACUAGGUAAAUAACUAUUUAUAUAUUUAAUUAUUACAGUUAGUCAGUACUAAUCCUUUUAUCGUUGGAGAUAGUAGUUCUGCAGAAGAGACAGCAGGCAGAUUGGGAUCAAUCAUCAAUGAAAUAAAAGAGAUUACAUCCGGUAAUAAACUCAAUAUACUAUUCGAAUUAAAUGAUCCUGCCGGUAAUAGUUAUAUUCAGAAUUUAUACGCCCCUGAUCCAGAUCCAGAAUUAGAAAUGAUCGAAUAUGAACGAAGUGAGGAAGAAAAUGAAUUUCUUGGUUUAACAGAUAUGAAAACUGAAGGCUAUGAAACAACAGAUACUUGAAUGUCUUUUUUUAUGAUUAAAAUGCCGUCUUGAUUAUUUUGUGUAUUUUUUUUCUAAAAGAACCGGAUGAUAAAUGGUUUCUUUGUCUUUUUUCGAUAAUGACAACUAAAUACUAGGC